UUUAUUUUUAUUGUCAACGCUAAGAUAUAAAGAGAGAGACGCUUCUUAUAGCUCUGUUUCGAUACAGAACACAAAACAAUGGAGUCUCAGUCUCAGAGUAGUCAACCUGAAACCCCAAAACGUUUUCGGUUCACCGGUAUGUUCCAUAAGCUAAGGACUAAUCUUGUUUUCAGGUCGAAGCUAGCCGAAAUAAACGGUGCAAUGGGUGAUCUUGGUACUUACAUACCAAUCGUUCUUGCUUUAACUCUUGCCAAGGAUUUGGAUUUAGGCACGACGCUGAUAUUCACCGGCAUAUACAACGCGAUAACCGGAGCGGUUUACGGCGUCCCCAUGCCGGUUCAACCGAUGAAAUCGAUAGCAGCCGUGGCGAUUUCGUCUACCGCUGAAGAUUUCGGUAUACCGGAGAUUAUGGCUGCUGGAAUUUGCACCGGAGGGAUCUUGUUCGUGUUGGGGAUCUCUGGUUUGAUGCAGCUUGUGUUCAAUAUUAUUCCUUUAUCGGUUGUUAGAGGGAUUCAACUGUCACAAGGCUUAGCGUUUGCGAUGUCUGCGGUUAAGUAUGUAAGGAAAGAGCAGAACUUUACAAAGUCUAAGAGUGUUGGUGAUAGGCCAUGGUUAGGGCUUGAUGGUUUGGUUUUGUCUUUGGUUUGUGUUCUGUUUAUAGUUCUUGUGAAUGGAGAUGGGGAAGAAGAGGAGGAAGAAGAAGUUGAAGAAGAUGGUUCGAGAGGAAGAAGAAGAAGAAGACGGAUAAGGAGUUUUAUAGCUAAUGUGCCAUCUGCUCUGUUGAUAUUCUUGUUAGGUGUUGUUUUGGCAUUUAUAAGGAAGCCGAGUAUUGUACAUGAUAUCAGGUUUGGACCGUCGAAGAUGAAGGUUGUGAGGAUAACUAAAAAAGCAUGGAAGAACGGGUUUUUGAAAGGGACGAUUCCGCAGUUACCUUUGUCUGUUCUUAAUUCUGUUGUGGCUGUGUGUAAGCUGUCGUAUGAUCUGUUUCCGGAGAAGGAGUUCUCGGCUGCAUCGGUUUCGAUGACUGUUGGGUUGAUGAAUAUGGUGGGAUGUUGGUUUGGGGCAAUGCCUACUUGUCAUGGAGCAGGUGGGUUAGCUGGGCAGUACAAGUUUGGUGGGAGGAGUGGUGGGUGUGUAGCACUGUUGGGAGUAGCCAAAAUGGUGCUAGGGUUGGUGUUAGGAGGUUCAUUGGUGGGUAUAUUGGAUAAGUUUCCCGUGGGUGUGCUUGGGGCUUUGCUACUAUUUGCAGGGAUAGAGCUUGCAAUGGCUGCUAGAGAUAUGAAUACAAAGGGAGAUGCAUUUGUGAUGCUUAUUUGCACAGCAGUGUCUUUGGGCUCAAAUGCUGCCAUUGGCUUUGUAGCUGGGAUUCUUUUGUAUGUGGUUUUGUGGAUGAGGAGCUACGGACGAGUCAAGCGGAGCACCCUUCCUCUGCGAUCCGAUGAACAUCCUUGAAAGUCUUCUUUUGUGUGUUUAAGUGUUCACUCUUCUUCUUAUUCUAUACUUUCUAAUAAUAAGUUCAAAACUUCAUUGAACUGCAUGUCACUAGUCUGAUUGAUUUCAUAUGAAUACAAAGGGAGAUGCAUUUGUGAUUGUGA